AUGAAUAUUGUUAGAGGUGUUUUCCAUCUUCCCACGCAGACACCGCAUAUGACAUUCCAACUUCCUCAAUGGAUGUUAGAGCCGAAUGGAGAAACAUGGCCUCCACACAAGAUCCUCACUAACACAGACUUGGAUAUGAUGAUGACCGUGCAUGAAGUUGCUACUUUCCACUUUAGAUGCCGAGCACCUUUUACCAUCGGCACUCUAACAUUCCUAGGCGAGGGUGUGACAGAGGAGGAACACAUGGCCCUCGUUUUAGAUAUUAUAAGAGGAAACGAGAUACUCUCCAGUGACCGUAUGCUCUACCACAUAUUUGAUGAGAAUGAAAUGGUACUACUUUACCGUUUCUCUUUGGAGAUGGAAAUGGCCAAAAACAGCAUUGACCUAAAUUUAGGACCAAUGCUCGAAAUAGACGACCAUAUUGUUCCUAAUAUUGGGAUCGAUAAUGUGGACACCCACGUACAAAAUGUACCAGAUGUUGGAAAUCAUGAGGUUGACAACCACAUCACUGGGCCUAAUGUUCCGUUUAAUGCUUCUCCACAUUUGGGAUAUCAAGCUUUCAACCCAGGAAGCGACAUGCCACAACAUGUUCAUCAUGCUACGUAUCAACCACCUUUCUAUACCCCACCGUGGCAUAUCAUAAACGUCAGACCAUGGUAUUGGGAAAACUUGAUGUCAUCUAGUUAUGCGAUGGAGCUCCAACGCAUUUAUGGAGUUCGUGGAUCUGAAUAUGUUGGAUACGUCACAAAUGACCUCAAUAUAGGAAACACUAACACACAUCAUAUGCAUGGCUACCCUAUUCCUGAACCUAGACCUAGUUACGUCAUUUCGUUCGAAGUUUCAUCAACGGCUUCCUCAACGGAGCUCAAAAACGUUGUUGAAAGAGUGGAUGACAUCACCACCCCAAAAAUAAAGGGAUUCCGUGGUGAAGUUUAUCAGGAAAAAGGUGAGUCAUCAUCUGGGGCAGUGGUAAAAACUCAACUGCACUUAGUUGUUAAGCUGGAGAUGGGAAAUGUUGAGGAUAAAAAGGAUAAUGAUGGAACUAAAGAUGCAUCUGGGGAUGCAUGA